GCAAGGCGAAAGGAGAAUCAAUCAACCACAAUGUGACCCUACAGGCAGAAAAAACAGCACUCCCACCAGCAAUAGAUGGGGGAUGGAAAGCACAUGUAACAAGGACAAUGUUGCAUCAUGUAUUUAUGCUGGGUUUCUAAAGCACCCUUCUCCCUUUUUAUUUGUUUUUUUUUCCCUUCUCUCUCUCAAUCUACUGUAAUAUAUAAGGAAUCUACGAAAAUGUGCUAACCCGUAAAGAAACUGAAAAGGGUCGUACAGGUUAUCCGAUGAAAAAUAAGACCUGUUUUCAUUAUUGAAUAUCAAUUUUAAUGUAAUCCGUUCUGCUGAUUCACAGUUAUGGAGAGUCUGAUCUACAAGGGGAGAUUAAUUAUGUGCUGCAAGUAAAAAGAAGAAAAGUCCCUGUGUGAGAGUGUGUUUCCUGCAAGAAGUUGAGGCUGAAAACAACCGCUCCUUCAACUGCAAGCUGUGUCUUUCAUACCACGUUGAGUAUGAGGUAACCGGUCAUAGAAAACUUGGUUGGAUAGAGAAUCUGGAGAAAAUACAUCAGUUGAGGAUUUGUCUGCCUUUACCCCCUAUAGAACGGAUCUUACUUCCUGUGAACCUCAUCGGUUUGAGGUGAGGCUAAGAUGAGCAUAACCAGUGACGAAGUGAAUUUCUUGGUGUAUCGAUAUCUUCAAGAGUCAGGUUUUUCUCACUCAGCAUUUACAUUCGGUAUUGAAAGUCAUAUCAGCCAGUCUAAUAUCAACGGGACACUAGUGCCACCUGCAGCUCUCAUCUCUAUUUUGCAGAAAGGAUUACAAUAUGUGGAAGCUGAGAUCAGUAUCAAUGAAGAUGGAACAGUGUUUGAUGGUCGUCCAAUAGAAUCCUUGUCUCUAAUUGAUGCUGUGAUGCCCGAUGUAGUGCAAACUCGGCAACAGGCCUUUCGAGAGAAGUUAGCGCAACAACAAGCUGCUACUUCCACAGCGGCCACCAGCGUAGCACCUGUCACCACAACCUCAUCUGCUCCAGCACAGCAACAGCAGCAGCAGCAGCAGCAGCAACAGAAUACACCAAAGAAUGGAACAGCCUUUGUGAAUGGUGAAGAAAAUGGGGCACAUGUAAUAAAUAACCAUGCAGAACCAAUGGAUAUUGAUGGUGAAGUAGAAAUCCCACCUAACAAAGCAACAGUCCUCCGAGGGCAUGAGUCAGAAGUAUUCAUUUGUGCCUGGAAUCCUGUUAGCGAUCUCCUAGCAUCCGGGUCAGGAGACUCCACAGCAAGGAUAUGGAAUUUAAAUGAAAUCAACAAUAGUAAUUCAACGCAGCUAGUUUUAAGGCACUGUAUUAGAGAAGGAGGGCAAGAUGUUCCCAGCAACAAAGACGUCACUUCUUUGGACUGGAAUACUGAUGGCACGCUGCUAGCUACGGGAUCAUACGAUGGUUUCGCAAGGAUUUGGACGCAAGAUGGUAAUCUUGCAAGUACGUUAGGUCAACAUAAAGGUCCCAUCUUUGCACUAAAAUGGAACAAGAAGGGGAAUUACAUAUUGAGUGCAGGAGUUGAUAAGACAACAAUUAUUUGGGAUGCCCACACAGGGGAGGCAAAGCAACAGUUCCCCUUCCAUUCAGCUCCUGCAUUAGAUGUGGAUUGGCAGAACAAUACUACAUUUGCGUCUUGUAGUACCGACAUGUGUAUUCAUGUUUGUAGACUUGGCUGUGAUCGUCCUGUCAAAACCUUUCAAGGCCAUACAAAUGAGGUCAAUGCGAUAAAAUGGGACCCUUCAGGGAUGCUUCUAGCUUCAUGUUCAGAUGACAUGACAUUGAAGAUCUGGAGUAUGAAACAAGAUGUAUGUGUACAUGAUCUACAGGCCCACAACAAAGAAAUAUAUACAAUUAAAUGGAGUCCAACGGGUCCAGGCACAACCAACCCAAACGCUAACAUCAUGUUAGCAAGUGCUUCAUUUGAUUCUACAGUACGACUAUGGGAUGUUGAGCGAGGUGUCUGCAUCCACACAUUAACCAAACAUCAAGAACCGGUUUACAGUGUAGCUUUUAGUCCUGAUGGGAAAUACCUGGCUAGCGGUUCCUUCGAUAAAUGUGUUCAUAUAUGGAACACUCAGAAUGGAUCUCUAGUACACAGCUACAGGGGAACAGGAGGCAUUUUUGAAGUUUGCUGGAAUGCCCGAGGGGACAAAGUAGGAGCAAGUGCAUCAGAUGGAUCAGUCUGUGUUCUGGAUUUGAGGAAGUAAAAAUAAAUUAAAUCAAGAGUUCAAAAGGACCAGCAGUGAAUAUACACUGUUUGAAAGAAUAGAUUCCGGUAUUGUACGAACUUGAUAAUGCCCAAGUGUACAACAAACCAACCCUCCCAAAAUGAAGAACAUGCAAGGAUGUCGAAAACCUUCAUGGAUCCACUUCAAAAGAUGUCCUAUUGGAGAGGAUGGUUUCCAGCUGGACCGAUUUCAACCUCAGAAGCAUCAGGCCAAUAUCAGAUUCCCGAAGCUGUUUGGUUUGCAGAGUUUGAGUUGUCUGUGAUGGCAGAAACAGCGGUGCCAAAAAAAAGUUUAAUCAAGACAAAAGUGGAAAUAGAAAGCAAAGGCUGUGAUAAACCAAAAGGGAAAACAAAUUUAUAUUAUUUUUGUUUUGUUUUAUCUUACCUUCUUAUGUGGACACUACAUGUUUUCCCAAAGGACCCAUAAAGACUAGUUUUUACUGAUAAAACCAUGUGACUUUGUAACGGCAACACUUUCUAUUUUAUAGACUACUUUUUUGUUUGCAUUUUUCUUUCAGUGGUUUUUCUAUUAUCCUAAAACAAUGGCUCAAGGAAGAUCACAUGGUAGUCUGAGGAACUAACAUUGCUUUCUGUUAAGCUUUUUAAUUUGUUUGGAGUCAAUGUGAUGUGCUCGCUAAUAACACAACAGAUGUUUGCCGUCUCUUCUUGCAAACAUACUUCUGUAGUCACAUCCGUAGUUGUUGACUCAACAUUUCGUUACACCUACAAUGAUGGAGUGUCGGACAACGCAUUUCAUAGCAGUGACUCCUGCUGCACUAAGCUAAGGGUUUUAUCCCUUCCACUGCUUAGCUUUUGAGGGCACUUUUAUGACUUGGUGUCACAUGCUUUUUAUAAAAAUGCAGCGCCGGUAAAGCUUUUUACUAAAUAAAUAAAAAAAAAAAGAAAGAAAGAUGAACUUUUAAGAGAGAGAACCCACUGUAUUUUUGAAAAGAAAAAAACAUAUUUUUUAUGUUGAAAAUGUUAUUCUAAAAAUGAGAAAAAAUUGCAAAUGUUGGGUUUAUCAUGCAAAAAAAUAAAUAAAUAAAAUGCAGGGUAAAUUAAAGAUGAAAUACCCCUUUUAAA